UCUUUUUUAUGGAAUUGGUCUUGAAGUGUUUAAUCUAAAAUGAUCGGUUUUCGAAUUUCCAAAGUACCUAUCCAUGAUCCCUUUCGGUCUCGCAUGUAAGGUGUCUCCUUGACCCUCUCGCGGAACGCUGUAUCGUUCUUAAGAACAAUGACACUUUUCGUCUUUUGUUUUCUUCUAUAGGAUUACAUCUUCCGAGAAAUGAAAGCCCAUCCCCUUGACAACGAUAAAUAAUUGGAAAUUACCAAAUGAUAAUAAAUUUAAUUUCAACAAUAAUAUUGCCAGUGAAUGUUUGUUGGUCCAUAGCGACUACCAGUUGGGGGCGUAUAAACUACAAAAAUAAGCAAGUAGUAAUCAAACAAACGCUAGUGCAAAAACACGGGAAUCGUGCGAAACAUUGAAAGAUUUAAUGAAAUUCGAGGUAGAAAUAAGGCUAUGAGCAAAAAGAUUUUACGUUAAAAAAUCGACGAAAAUCCAGAGCUUCAGCAGUCACGGUAUAACUGGUACCCGUUAGUCAAAUCGUCCUGGCUGUCGAUUUUGAUKAUCUUCAAAAUACAACCUCACAAGUCUGGAAACAACCGAUAAAUACAAGAGAUAUGACCACUUUUGACUGCAUUUGAUCGAUUAUAAAACCCCGCGAUGAACACAAAGAUACACUGAACGCCGCCACGAGGCUCGCACAACUGAUGGGAUUUCAAACUAGUUACUCAAGAAGACGAGGAAACUAUCUCGUUACCAUAGCCACCGUGAUUUACAUACUGUUGAUUUACUUGUAUUUACGUCAUCGAGCAAAGCUCCAAGCGAGACAUGAAAACUUUCCAAUGUUUGAUUACAACGAAGAAGAUCUGAGUGAGUUUGUAGAUUUCAUGAAGCCAUGGUGUACUCAGAGUCAAGCGAGACUUGAUUGGCAWGCUAUGUUGAAACCUUGUCAUGAUAAUACUAUAUGGGGCRAAUCCAAACCAUUUUACACGUUUAGAAAUCAGACUAGUACUAGUAAGACUUUUAUUAAUUUGUGGGAAAUCAAACCUGCUGGCCAGUUUAGUCGUAUUGCGAUUCAAAGCGUAGCACAUGAUGGUCGUAAUAAAACAUUUGGUGGUGAUUCCUGGAGAGUGCAUAUAAGAGGUGCAACAUCAGUAUCACCCACUGUMAUUGACCAUCAAARUGGUACUUAUGAARUACUGUUCCUGGCUGUAUUUCCUGGACAUUACUAUAUACACAUGGUGYUGGAGUAUUCAUUAUGUGAUGGUUAUAAAGAACCUCCCAUUGAUUGGUUUAUCAGAGGUAAUGCGCARGGCAAGUACCAGCCAUUGGAUGCUUUACCAGGGUUUGAAAAACCAUACUUAAUAAUUCCUUUAUGGAAUGGAAUUCCAAUCAAGAUAGCGAUAACAUCACCACGACGACACAUUCUUCAUAAGCUGGCAGCAGGUUUUCCAUCGCUUAAUCCAGGAUGCAAUAUUAACUGUCGUUACAUUGGUGACGGCGCUGGAUAUUGGCUGCGAAACAAAUGGAUUCCUUUUACUAGAGGAGAGCUAAGAAAGCCUCAUGAGAGAAAGAAAGGCACUUUGUGGAUCUAUGGGGACUCCAACGGUGAUUUCUUCUACAAGUUGAUAAGAACUCGCCCACUAUGCAGAGAAACAUUCCAGCAAUGUAAUAGUACAUAUAACUGGGUUUACAAUCUACCUGGCGGUAACCAAACUAUAGGCAAACUACUCAACGAUGAUUUAGAUUUUAGCGUUGAUAGAAUCCUGCAAGAAAUCAGUUCAGUACUGAAUGAUACAACCAUGAGAGAAGACAACCAAAGUGUCAUCAUUCUCAACCUAGGACUUCAUUACGUACAGAACAUCAACUUUACCAAAUAUAGAGAAUUGAUUGAUAGGACAAUACAAUUGUUUAAGGGAGGAGAGGGUGGGGAGGUUGGUGAUAUAGGAAGGAAUUAUCAAGGACAGAUGAUAUGGAAAACUACUUCUGCAAUGAAUCGUGAAAAGUUUGGAGAUCCCCGUACAGGAGCGAGGCAUUCCAAGACCAUUCGGUUCCUUACCUAUCAACGUCUUUUGCUGUACAACGCGUAUGCCACUAAGGCCAUGUGUGAUGCUGGGUUCGAUAUAUUGGAUGUUUUUCCUCUGACUGACUCGUACGUUAAUGGUACUGGUCUACCGCACAAACCAUUCGAUGCAGUACACUAUCCCAUACAGACUUAUACAUCAAUAGUAGAACUACUUGAGAGAUACUUCCAUAUCACAUAAAUUAACAACAAGCCAUGGUAAAGCAAGUCAAAAACCGGAAGGGAAAACAAGGGAAGAGUUAUUUAUUGACGAAAUGAAAGAAAAAAAACAUUUUGUCCUGGAAAUAAUCAGACAAGGACAGUUAAGCAAAGAGUUUUACCACAACAAACUACUUUUCAAAUAUUCUAUUUCUUUUCUACUCUGUACAUAAGAAUCUUUUGUAAAUAAUGAUGUAAAUAAAAUAAAAAUCUUUUA